AUGGGCUCUACAGUCAAUGCGCUGCGGGUGCUGGUCGCGGGAGGUGGCAUUGGGGGGCUUUCAGCUGCCAUCGCCCUUCGCCGGCAAGGGCACGACGUCGAGUUGUUUGAGAAGUCUAGGCUACACCGGGAGCUCGGGGCUGCCGUCUACGUCGCUCCCAACUGCACCGCUGCUUUGGCACAUCUGGACCUUGACCCAAAGGACUUCAGAGGAACCGACUAUCGCGGGUUCAAAUUCCUGGACACCGACUGUGAUGUACAGCAGAUGUGGACGUAUACGGAUGAGCAGAGAGCACAGUGGCCCGCCAACUGGUGGCUGGUGAACCGGCCUGACCUCCACGCCGCCCUGAAGCAGAAGGCAGUCUCCCCAGACGGGCCAGGGGUGCCAGUGAGGAUCCGCACGGGCACGGGCGUGGAGAGCGUCGACUGCGAGGCAGGCACCAUCGAGCUAUCCGACGGAACCCGCGUGAGCGGCGACCUGGUCGUCUGCGCAGAUGGCGUCCACAGCAAGACCCGCGCCUCGGUCGCGGGCCACGAGGUGCCUAUGAUCAACACCGGGCACACCUGUUACAGGUGGCUCAUGCCAGCGUCCCUACUGGCCGACAACCCCGUCACGAAGACCUUCUUGGAUCUUCCAGGCCACUUUGUGCAGAUCACCGGUUCUGAUAGAAGGAUAGUGUUUUAUCCUUGUGCCGGAGGGGAGGUGAUCAACUGCGUGGCUUUCGCACCGAGGGAGGAGGUUGGCGAGAUCAAGAAGGGCGAGUGA